UGGCACUAUAGAAGCUUGCAGAACCAGGAUUCCCUUCAGGUCUCCGAGGCAACCGGCCUGAUAACCAAUCAGCUCCUAGGCCUGGGGUCAUUGUUGGAGCUGUGACUGUUGCUAUGACUACUGAAAACCCAGUGAUUGAACUAAUCAACAGGAGGGAGCGCCUGCCCCGUCCAUAUCAAGCAAGUCUGUAGACAUGUCUGUGGAAGAGAUGCCAAGAGUAGAAGAGACUUUUCAAAGAACUGUGGAACUUCAGAAGAUGGUUGCCAGGUGGCAAGAUUCACAUACUCACUGUUUGUGGCAGAUGACAUUGAGCCAGAGGAGAAACCCAUAUGCCACUCUAAGGAUGCAGGACACCAUGGUGCAGGAGCUGGUAUUAGCCAACAAGCAGCUACUGAUGGUGCGUCAGGCUGCCCUGCACCAGCUGUUUGAAAAGGAGCAUCAACAGUACCAGCAGGAGCUAAAUCGGAUGGGCAAAGCUUUUUAUGUGGAGAGACUAUGAUGGCAUCUGAAAUAGGCCUCCCGUUCUUGCCAUGCCUGCUAACCUAGCCUUCUGGAGCCUCUACAGCCUUGAACUUCCUUCCCAGAACACAUCUGGCUUUAGCCGUCUGCCCAGGACUUGAGGCAGUCCUUCCACUCUCACCUUUUCGCUGUCACGUCUCCCCCUGCUGCUAAGUGAGAAACCAUCUAUAAAACAAUAGUGAAAACGAGUGACGCCUUGUGGUCAGAGUGGGAUACGCAGUAUUGAUGGAAGGUGGGGCUGAGGUGGAAAGACGGACUUGUGAGAGUUGAGAACCCUGAUUCGGUGUAACAAAUAAAGCUGGCCCUUAUAGGUUCAAACUUAGGCCACUUGGCUCAUUCUUUCAGCCCUAAAUCUUGAGUCUCCCCGUUUUGUUUCAAAAAUGCUUCCUUCA